GGGAGAGGGUCGUUCACCGCGGGUUUCGUUGUGUUUCGCGCCAUGUCGUUUGCGGAGAGCGGGUGGCGGUCGGCUUUGCGGCGCCGUGGUCCCGGCACCCCGGGCCCUGUGGCUCGGCCAACGUAUUCCUCCUUUAUUCAGGGGGACAGUUGGGGUGAAGGCGAAGUCGACGAGGAGGAGGGAUGCGACCAAGUGGCCCGCGACCUGCGGGCGGAGUUCUCGGCUGGGGCGUGGUCAGAGCCCAGAAAGGGCUCGGUGCUCCCGCCGGACGGGGAUGGGUCGCCUGUUCUGCCCGAUAAGCGCAAUGGUAUCUUUCCCGCGGCCGCGGGCAGCAGAGCCCAGCCUCGGCGGUGGCCGGUCCAGGUCCUCUCUAUUCUCUGCUCGCUGCUCUUCGCCAUCCUUCUCGCCUUCCUCCUCGCCAUCGCCUACUUGAUCGUUAAAGAGUUGCAUGCUGAGAAUUUGAAAAAUGAAGAUGUUGUAGACACUGGACUAUUAGGAUUCUGGACUCUACUUAUAAUAUCCCUAACUGCUGGAUUCUCCUGUUGCAGCUUUUCUUGGACAGUGACUUACUUUGAUUCUUUUGAACCGGGAAUGUUUCCUCCUACUCCUCUUUCACCUGCCAGGUUCAAGAAACUGACUGGACAUUCUUUCCACAUGGGCUAUAGCAUGGCGAUUUUGAAUGGCAUUGUAGCUGCUCUUACUGUGGCGUGGUGCCUCAUGUAAACCCACACUGGAGCAAUAUUGUUGGCAAAACUUAAUCAUAAUUGUUUUGUAAUAACAAGAAGGAGCAUCAUUGUCUACUCACAAGACUGAGAAACCUGCUGUUCAUUAUGUAGUUCAGAUAUUUAUCACAGUCAUCAUUGUGGAAGACCUUUUAAAGCAUUGUUUUAGAAUGUCUGAGUAUUAAGAUACAGAUUAAUUGGGAAUAUCUGAGUAUUAAGUUUUAAGUACUUUCUUCAGAGUAUAAGAUGUUCACCUCAUCUUUAUACUUCUGUAUGUGUAGUUCUUUCAAGUUGUAGGAAACAUUUUAAUGGAAUUUAAACUCAAAAACUUGAAUACAGGACAAUGCUUGCCUUUUCAUGUAUGUACUACAUUUUUUGCUAAGAAAUACUGAUAUUUCUGUUUAGUUGAGCUAGAAAUACUUCUUAUUUAUACAUUUAGGAAAGCAAAUAAUGCCUACUACUCUGACUUUUAUAGAAGCUACUUUUAAAUCAGAAUAUUUAAUUUUUGAUAUUCAUAUAAUUAAUAGAAGUUGCAUUUAUAUUUUUUAUGGGGCGUAGUUCCUUAUGUGUUUUUUAAUGUAUUUUCAUACUACAUAUUGAAUUUGUAUGUUUUUAAAAUUAUUACAUCUAGACAACUGUAAACAUUAUUUUUUUAGCUAGUGCAAACCUAGUACCUGCCAUUUUUACUAAUUUUUUUCUUUAAAAAACACAAAAAAGCACAUUGACCUAAGUUUAAAAUUAAAUGUUUAUUUUUAACAAAAAAUGCCUGAAAAAAGGUAAAUUAUUUAAGUCAUUAAAAUAUUGAGAAAUUUGAAAUUUUUACUAUUUCUAUUUCCACAAUUCCAAAUAUUUAUCUUGGUGUAUAUAUUGUUACUUUAACAGAACUUGCAUUAUUUUGUUUUUAAUAAACAUGAAAUUUUUAUAUGUGA